CCAUAAAAGGGGUACUACUCCAUUAGCUCCCCGUCCUGUUCGAUUACCCUCUUCACUUUCCUUCUUCAGCCUCCUUCCCUCCGUUCACAAGGACGCAGCUCUCCUCCCUUCCAUUUGUGGCUUUCUUCUUGUAGUACUACUGUUUAUGUAUAUCACAUCACUUUUGGCUUUCGUCUCAGUCUCAGGUUUCUCGUCUCCCUCCCGUUUCUGACUCGAUUGUUUUUUCUUUUUCCCAGAAUUCUAGUUUUGCAUCCAUCCGUUUUAGCUUAUUCAGUAUUCCAAUAUUAAAUUUCGCAAUAAUUCAUCUUUCAAGUUUUUUUCCCCCUUCCCAACUUGGAUGAGAAUUUGUUCAAUGAAACGUCCACCACUUUGCACUUAAGUUAUCAAUUAAUUCGGGGUAACAUCGGUACGUUUCUCGUUUUCUCCCACUCUCUGGUCUCUCCAGUCUUCCGCCGGGGAUAUAAAAAGGAGUCUGGGGGCCGGACUGGUCAUCAAUCUGAUCCGUUAUUCAUAUAGUAUUAAUUGAUUGACCAACUCUUUCUCUUUGUUAGCGAAUGAACGAAUACAUCCGUGUCUAUAGUAUAUAGUAUUUCAUUGUGACUCCGGUUAAAAGCACAGGGAAGAACGAAGGAGAUAAUGAACCAAAAUAUGCUGCCGACUCAGCUCGUAAUCGGCUGCUUUAUCGCGCUAUCAUGCGCGCCAUGGUGGGUAUACUCGCAAAACGGGGACAACCGGACUUUGGUGAACAUGACUCUUGUUCGAAACGCUUCGGUUCUUGGAGCCUAUUGCUUGGACGGAAGCUUGCCGGCUUAUCAUCUGGACAGAGGAUUCGGAGCAGGGGCACGCAAUUGGCUUCUGCAGUUCGAGGGUGGUGGAUGGUGCAAUGAUAUACCAUCAUGUUUGGAGAGAGCCAGAACUCAUCGAGGUUCAACACGUUUCAUGAACAAGUUGGAGGUCUUCUCCGGCAUUCUAAGCAACAACGCCUCUUUAAACCCUGAUUUUUACAAUUGGAACCGAGUUAAACUCAGAUACUGUGAUGGAGCCUCGUUUGCCGGAGAUGCUAAGUUUGACAACGGGACAUCAUUGCUUUAUUUUAGAGGGCAAAGAAUUUGGCGGGCGAUUAUUCAGGAUCUUCUCCCAAAAGGAUUGGGCCAUGCAAGAAAGGCACUGUUAUCUGGUUGCUCUGCUGGAGGUUUGGCGUCGUUUCUGCAUUGUGAUAACUUCGCAAAUUAUCUGCCAAAGAAUACCAGCGUUAAAUGCUCAAGUGAUGCUGGAUUUUUCUUGGACGAGAGAGACAUCAGUUUGAACCACUCCAUGAGGUCUUUCUACGAAGGCUUGAUCUCUUUACAUGGGGUAGAACAGAAUUUGGACAAAAGUUGCACAGGCUCUCGUUACUAUCCAGUACAGUGCUUCUUCCCACAAUAUGCAUUAAAAUACAUCAGAACACCAUUUUUUGUCCUCAAUUCAGCCUAUGAUGUAUACCAAUUUCAUCACAUAUUGGUGCCACCUUCUGCUGAUCCCAAGGGACAUUGGUACCACUGCAAGCUGAACCCAGCAGCAUGCAAUGCAGCCCAAAUAAGAAUUUUGCAAGGAUUCAGAAAAGAUAUGCUUUUGGCAUUGAGUUUCUUCUACCGGUAUUCCAGAAGAGGAGGGAUGUUCAUAAAUUCUUGCUUUGCUCAUUGUCAAAGCGAGUCGCAAGAAACAUGGUUUGCUGCUGAUUCUCCAAGAGUAAACAAUAAGACCAUAGCGGAGGCAGUGGGAGCCUGGUACUUUGGAAGAAGGGUCAGCAAGGAAAUUGAUUGUGCAUAUAAUUGCGACCAUACUUGCGCGAACUUGAUCGGAUAAUCCAUAGGCAUCUGGCCAUUCAAGCUCAUCAUGAUGCAUUAAUAACAGAUGAUGCAAAGGGAUUCGCCGAAUUUGAGGCUGGAACGCAACCGUUCCUGAACAUUUCACAGCCUCGAUUGGUCAAGAAAAUGGUUCAAACUCCAAAGGAUCUUUACCAGGUUCCGAAUUACUUUCACAAGUCCACAGGGUAUUAGCCAUUUUAAUUAGAACUGUAUUAUACAUUCUUUUUAUUACUACUGGAUAGAUAUAGGAACACGUUAUUGUUCCUUCAAAAAUAGAAAUUGAUGCGGAGGCUCUGCAAUCUUUGUAAAAAAAAUAAAAUAAAAUAUUAUUGCCAUUUCAAACUUGUACACGACGAUACGUCAGGUCAGUUGUGAAUGAAGACUCGUAUUUUAGAAAUAGUUUCCUUGUCAGAUGA